AUGCCCCCUCUGGAAACAAUCCCAUUCUUGCGGCCCCUGCAGGGUCCCCUUGAUGCGGAGAUCGAGGCCGCAGAACGCAGCUGGAGUGAAUGGCUCGCUAUGGAGGAUUGGAUGGUUGGCCCGCGGGCGCCGGAUGUUCUGCAGGAUUCCUCUUCGCUGAAUUCCAGGCCUCGCAGUGCUCGUGGUUAA